UUCACACACAUACUACAGAUCGGUGCUUAUCGGACACACAAAUCCCUCUAUUCAAAGGAACAAUGGUGAGAGCCUGUGGUCUGCUAACUGCCCAAAAGGAACCAGUUCCUCUGAAGAGCAUUGAGGUGGAGCUGGAGGUGAGGGACCAUGUGGCUGCAGUGGUCUCCACCCUGAACUACGAGAAUAAGGAGAACAAACCAUUAGAGGCUGUUGUUGUCUUCCCUCUGCCUGGAGACGCUGCUGUCUGUCAUUUCAGUGCUAAGAUCGGACAGACACAGAUUGUAGCUGAGGUGAAGGAGAAACAGAAGGCUCGUGAGGAGUAUGAUGAUGCUCUGAGCUCUGGUCAGCAGGCCUUCCUAUUGGAGGAGAGCGAUCAGAGUCCAGAUAUAUUCUCUCUGAGUGUGGGCAGUCUGCCUCCAGGAGAGAGUGCCUCCAUCAGGUUAGAGUACGUGACUGAGCUGUCUGUGCAGGCUGAUGAUGGUCUGAGGUUCUGUCUGCCUGCUGUGCUCAACCCUCGAUACCAGCCUCAGGGUAGUGAAGGUGUUCAGGUGACUUCUGUUCCAGCCUCUCUGGUGCCCUACAGUCUGUCUUUCUCUGCCCGAGUGUCCUCUCCUCGUCCAAUCUCUAAAGUAGAGUCCAACUGUUCCCUGGACCCUCUCCAGGACCUCAACACUGAUCAAACCCAGGCCACGGUCAAGCUGGCUGCAGGACACAAGUUUGACAGAGAUGUUGAACUGCUGAUUUAUUACAAAGACGUCCACCAGCCCACCGCUGUGGUGGAGGCAGGACAGGCCUCUGCUGAGCCGGGCUCUCUGAUGGCUGAUUCAGUGGUGAUGGUGAGUCUGUACCCUGAGUUUCCCCAGUCUGUGACGUCUUCAGUGGCUUCAUGUGGAGAGUUUGUGUUGUUAAUGGAUCGAUCUGGAAGUAUGAGUAAUUCUCGCAUCAGCAGUGCCAGGGAUACUCUGCUGCUCCUGUUGAAGAGCUUACCAAUGGGCUGCUAUUUCAAUAUUUACAGUUUUGGGUCCAGAUAUGAACACAUCUUCCCUAAGAGUGUGGAGUACAGCCAGCAGACCAUGGAGGAGGCUCUAAAGACAGUUGUGCAGAUGGAAGCUAAUCUCGGAGGAACAGAGAUGCUGCAGCCCCUCAAACAUAUUUACAGCCAGCCCUGCAUUCCCAAUCAGCCUCGACAGCUGUUUGUCUUUACUGAUGGAGAGGUGUGGGACACCAAAGAAGUGAUAGAUCUGGUGAAGAGGAACUCAGAUUCUCACAGGUGUUUCUCUUUUGGGAUUGGGGAAGGGGCCAGCUCUGCUCUCAUCAAUGGGAUGGCCAAAGAAGGAGGAGGUCACGCUCAGUUCAUCACAGACACUGACAGGAUGCAAGCAAAAGUGAUGCAGUCGCUGCGAUUUGCUCUGCAGCCGGCUGUGGUCAACAUCUCAGUCAUAUGGGAUUUACCAAAGGAAGUGUCUGUCACUGUCCUCUCUCCACCAAUCACUGCACUUUUUCCAGGUCAAAGGUCACUGAUUUAUGCCCAGCUCAGUGGACAGAGCUCAGAGGCAGCAGAGGGCUGUGUGACGGUGAAGUACAGCCUGGCAGGUCAUCCCUCUGAGAACCAGCUGCACUUCAGUCUCAGACCUGCAGAGGACACUGGAUUAACAGUCCACAAGUUGGGUGCUCGGACUCUGAUUCGUUCCCUGGAGGAGGGAGAACACAGAGGAUGGCAAGACACAAAAGUGAAGGAGAAGGUGGUGCAGCUCAGUGUCCAAUCGGGAAUAAGCAGUUCACUGACUGCCUUCAUUGCUGUCUUCAAUAACAAUGGCGAGGCGAUUCAAGGACCUCUUCUGCACAAAAAUAUUUUAAAACACGAUUACGUUGAUUGCACUCUGAGUCCUUACCAGGAUUAUGAAGAUCUCCAAGAGCCUUCCCUUCUUACCAUGGGUUACAUGUAUGCUGAUCAGGAAUCUUAUGGCAAGCUAAGUUUUGUUUGUUUUUUAUUUCUCUAAAUGCUGGUGAACACUGAACAAACCAACAUUUCUGUGGCACAGUUACU